AUGCAACCUCCCCGCCCGUCCUCUCCUCUUCUCAUUGCCUUGCCGUCACCCUUCCUGCCCCAAUCCGUCAGCCCUGAUGGCCUCAAGCUCGCGUCAGCCUCAGCCGACAAAACCAUCAAGGUUUGGAACGCUUACGACGGCCAGCUAUUGUCCACGCUCUCGGGCCAUGAGCUUGGCGUCAACGAUGUGGCCUGGUCAAGCGACUCCCGCUUUUUGGCCUCUGCCUCGGACGAUACCACCAUUCGUAUCUGGAAUGCAGCCACGGGUCAAUGCGUUCAAACCUUGAAAGAUCAUAUCAACUACGUGUUUUGUGUCAACUUCAACCCUCAGGGCAACCUGCUUGUCUCAGGAUCGUUUGAUGAGAGCGUUCGUAUCUGGGAUGUCAAAACUGGCGUGUGCCGGAGGCAGCUCUCAGCCCAUUCUGAUCCAAUUUCCGCGGUCUGCUUCUCGCGUGAUGGUUCAUUGAUUGCUUCGGGCAGUUAUGAUGGUCUAUGUCGUUUGUGGGAUACAGCAACGGGGCAAUGCCUCAAAACUCUCGUUGAUAACGACAAUUCACCUGUUUCAGCUGUUUGCUUCUCGCCAAACGGCAAAUUCGUACUUGCCUCUACUUUGGACAGUAAAAUCCGGCUCUGGAAUUGUGCCACAGGGAAGUGUCUCAAGACUUACGAAGGCCAUGUCAAUCGCAAGUUUUGCAUGUUUCUGAGUUUCUCAAUAACCAACGGCCAGUACGUGGUGAGCGGCAGCGAGGAUUGCAAGCUGUACAUUUGGGAUUUACAAAACCGCAACGUGGUUCAAGUUCUGGAGGGACAUCAAGAUGUGAUUUUGGGUGUGAGCUGUCACCCGACAGAGAACAUCAUUGCCACAGGCGGCUUGACAGAAGAUCCCACCGUUCGCCUGUGGUUUGAGGGUGACAUCAAACCACCGCCGGCCGCCAUUGCCGCCUCAAAGACAGCGCGCGCUGCUCAAGAGGCCGCAACAGCAGCUACCACAAGCGCAGGGGUGGAUGACAAGGCAACUGCAACAACAGACUUGGCCGCGGCCCAAGACACCUCAAGUGGCGCGACACAGACUGCAAGUACAGUGACUACACCCGCAUCUACCACAGCCUUGGCUUCUGAUCCCAGCGGAUCGCAAGCCAAUGCUACAAAACAGGCGGGCAACACCGAGGUUGCAAGCUCGGUAUCAGCCCAAACCGCGGCGUCAGCGACGGCCACCGACGCCGGCAGCACACAACAGGCGUGA